UGCCGCUCGACGAUCACUUCCGUGUUGGCGAGUCCCGACGUCACGCGGAAUGUGAAGCAGGAAACACGGAUGUGUUGCGCUUAAUCUGCAUCUACAGACGUCCUCCGAUCCAUAUGUUAAACCCAAACCACCUUUCAAGCUGAUCUGAUCCAAACGCACUGCUUCGGACGCGGACGUAACCGAGUGGAGGAAUGCCUACCGGUGUGUGUGGAUGUUGUGGUCCUCUGAGGCCACGCUACAAACGUCUAGUGGACAACAUUUUCCCAGAGGACCCCAAGGAUGGACUGGUGAAAUCUGACAUGGAAAAGCUGACUUUUUAUGCAGUGUCAGCACCAGAGAAGCUGGACCGCAUCGGUGCGUACCUGGCCGAACGCCUCAGCAGAGAUGUGGUACGCCAUCGCUACGGGUACGUGGUAAUCGCGAUGGAAGCGUUGGAUCAGUUGUUGAUGGCGUGUCAUUCCCAGAGUAUCAAGCCGUUUGUGGAGAGCUUCUUACACAUGGUGGCCAAACUGCUGGAAUCCGGAGAACCCGAUUUACAAGUGCUGGGAACCAACUCCUUUGUGAAGUUUGCAAACAUUGAGGAGGAUACGCCAUCAUACCAUCGCAGAUAUGACUUUUUCGUCUCUCAGUUCAGUGCCAUGUGUCACUCCACACACGAUGACCCCGAAACUCGCGACAGGAUCCGUGUAGCAGGCAUUAAGGGUCUCCAGGGUGUCGUCAGAAAGACUGUGAAUGAUGAACUUCAGGCAAUCAUCUGGGAACCUCAACACAUGGAAAAACUCAUCCCCUCCAUGCUCUUCAACAUGCAAGAUAACGAGGACUCCGAGAGGUCUGGAGAGGAAAAUCCGGCUUCACUGGCGGAGAGUUGCUUUCGAGAGUUGCUGGGCCGCGCUGCUUAUGGCAACAUGAACAACGCCGUGCACCCUGUACUGGUGCAUUUAGACAACCAUCAUCUAUGGGACCCAAAUGAUUUUGCUGUUUCCUGUUUCAGGAUAAUCAUGUACUCAAUACAGGCCCAGCAUUCUCACCAUGUGAUCCAGCAAGUGUUGUCUCACCUUGACACCCACAGUAAGGACACCCCACGUGUGAGGGCAGGUAUCGUUCAGGUGCUGCUGGAGACGGUUGCAAUCGCAGCCAAGGGCUCCAUCGGUCCCACAGUCCUGGAGGUGUUUAACACCCUGCUAAAGCAUCUGCGUAUGAGUGUGGAUUUUGAGCUGGGCGACGGAUCCCGCAGGAACUCCGCGAGCAGCCAUUCCUCCACCCGCACCAAAGAGAGCGAGGAGCGGAUCGUCCAGAACGCCAUCAUCCAAACCAUCGGUUUCUUUGGAGGAAAUCUUCCUGACUAUCAGAGAGCUGAAGUGAUGAUGUUCAUUAUGGGGAAAGUUCCUGUUUACGGCACGCCAUGUCACACGCUGGAUACAGUCAAGAUCGGGCAUCAGGGCACUAAGAGAAUCCAGGCAAUGCUGUUAAGUUCUCUCAUUAUGGUUACGUCAGGGUUUAAGUGUAAAACGAUGUGUGCUGGCCUGCCCGUGUCGUUUCUGGAGCCGUUAUGCUCCAUCUCUUUGAUGGAAGACAGUGAACUCCGGCAGCUCGUCUUGGAGAUUCUGCACAACAUCAUUGAUCGGCAUGACAACAGAGCCAAACUCAGAGGGAUCCGGAUUAUUCCUAAUGUAGCCGCUCUGAAGAUCAAGAGAGAAAAAAUCUCCAAACAGGAUGUGGUCUUCAUGAAAAAGCACGGGCAGCAGCUAUACAGACACAUCUAUUUGGGCUGUAAGGAGGAAGAUAAUGUGCAGAAGAAUUUUGAGUUGCUUUUCACAGCUCUGGCAUUGAUCACUAUUGAACUGGCCAAUGAGGAGGUGGUGAUUGAUCUCAUGCGCCUGUCCAUUGCCCUGCAGGAUAUGGCACUGGCCAAUGAGGAGAACAUGCCAAUGUUUAUUCGCUGUGGAAUCAUGGCACUGGUCGCCGCAUACCUCAACUUCCUCAGUCAGAUGAUUGCAAAUCCCCCUUUCUGCCAACACGUCAGCAAGGUGAUCGAGAUGAGAAAUCUAGAUGCUCCGCACCUUCUGCCAGAACAGGUCUUCAGAGAGAAGUGUGUGUUCCCAGACUCUUUAGACCGGGACGACGUUGGUUUGUAUUUUCAGACAGCUGAUCUGGCAGAAGCUCUGUCUGUACCUGGAUAUAACGUAGAGAGACUGGCCAUACCGUACAUACCGCAGGUUACAGAUGAAGAUCGACUGUCCCGUAGGAAGAGUUUUGUCGACACUAUUUCUCUCCAAGUUGACAUCCUUUCCAACAGCUUGCCUGAUCAGUCUCAGCUUGCAGAGGAGAUCACAUUUGAGACCCUGAAGAAGGCCAUUGAUACCACAGGUCUGGAGGAACAGGAGAGGGAGAGGAGACGGCAGGUGAUGGAGAAGUUCCAGAAGGCUCCGUUUGAAGAGAUUGCCGCCCACUGCGAGUCCAAGGCCAAUAUGCUGCACGAUCGCUUGGCUCAGAUAUUUGAACUCACCAUACGCCCUCCCCCGAGCCCAUCGGGCACCGUGACGGUGACGUCAGGCCACGCCCAGUACCAGUCUGUGCCAGUCUACGAAAUGAAGUUCCCUGACCUCUGCGUGUACUGAACCACGACCUUUCACCUUAACUGUAUCACACAGACUCAACCUUGACAUGUGACCGCUGACCUUAAUCACACUUUGUUUGGUCCUAUGACCUCAAACUCACCUGAGCCACUCAUCUUCAUUAGACACCUUUCAAUAUGAACGUCGCUUACAUUCAUGUCCAGCAGAAAGACUGGACGAGCAGUUCAUGCCUCCAUUCUGCACCAGCCAGCACGCAGAGCUUUACAACCAGCUGUCCAAUCAUACACCAGCUCUAUAGAAUCAUGUGAAUCAUAUAUGUGUGGUUUUCAGUUUGAUUCUUGCACUAAACGGCAGCUCCAAGAAUCAAACAGAGUCUUUUAAACAUUUGAUUCCCCAGCCUUUUAAUCUGUUGCUUUAUAGGAGUCAUUUAGAAAAUGACUGGCUCUGGAUUUAUUAAGGGAACUUAAUUGCUAGCAUUAGCUUAAGUGCUAGUUUAUGUUCAUUAACUCUCAUUUCUAAGCCAUCAUCAGCAGAGAAAUUUGAACAUAGUAUAGAUUUCGUCUCGCUUAAAUCUCUCCUAUAUAAAUGAUUAUAGUGUAUAGUAUUGCAGAGUAUAGUAUAGCCUAUUUUUGACAAACACACAUACUUUUAGAUAAAAUGAUUGCUGAUAGAUGCAGAGUGUUAUUUGUGUUCUGUUUGCAUGGCUUAGCCAAUGUUUCAGUGCAAACGUUUGUGAGUUUAGGUCUUUAUUAUUCUACAGUUAGCCUUUAACUUCAAUGUUGUGGAUGUCAACGGGGCUUUUGUUCACCCAGAGUUCUUAGUGAUCACUAUGCUCUCGCAUUUUGCCUUCACUGUAUAGAGAAACCAAAACAUUUGCUUUUCAUCACCAAAGAGCUCCGCCCACGCACUUCCUUUAUGGCCACACAUGGUCACCAAUCAGAAAGUGAAUUCUCAGUAAGUGAAAGGGCACGAACUAAAACCUUCUUGAAUUAAAACCUCAGAACAGUUGCUAGAAAAUCGGGAGCUGAAAAUAUAUGUAUUAUCAGUGAUAAGAUGAUCUGCAUUCAUCAACCAGGCGGUUCUUUUUUUUUUUUUAAAGAGCCAAAAAGACGUUUAAAUGCAUUUUUGCUUUUCAGGUGACUUCAUUCAUGUACCUUGGACAAAAAAAAAAAAAAAAGUGUGACUGUAAGAUGCUGAAAUACUUUUGCUGGAAAUGUUUCACAUCAUUUGAGCUUCCUGUGGUGAGAGCUGUGAUCAAUUUCAGUUGAUUUUAGCUGGUAGAAACAUGUCUGUGCGGGACCAUUUAGGACAUUUUGGUUGAUCCUGAGGUGCUUUUCAUGGAUUCUGUUGGUAUGUUGUCAAAUGAUUGCCUUGUCUUUGUUUUCAGAAUGUUUAUGUGGAUGGACCGCCAAGUGAGCAAACACAAAUUGGGCGCAUUUGUAUGCUGAUUAUGGAUUCUGUAAUGAUGAUGAAAUGCUGUUGCCAUUUUUGGGGGUUGUGAAAUGUUUCAGUGGUCCAACUAUUUGUGUCCAGAGACUUGCACUGCAUUGUGGGAUUUGUAUGCACAGAAGGUAAAGAAUGAAUGUAUUUAAAGGUCAGACCUCACAGAUAGCUUGUUCUAAAUGCUCAAUAGGAUCGAUUUCAUGUCUGCUAUAAUUUCCAUAAAUUGAUGGCUAUAAAAUGGCAGAUUAACUGCCUUGAUUAUGAUCUGUCUUGUUGAUUGAAGAAAGUCAGAAGUGUGAAAGGAAGGACUUCAAUGACAAAAUGUUGGUGGACUGGAAAUAGUCAGUAGUUGACCUUUGGCCCUUGUGUAUUUCUCUUGGUAACUUGCUGCAUUUCAAUAGAAGUUGCUUUGCAACAAUAUGCGUAAAAACUAUUUAAUGCUGUGAUGAAAUAAGAAACAUUAUUUCUGUGGAAAUAUAAAAGCAUAAAUAAUUUCUAGAUUAAUGCAAUAUUUUUUUGGUGUAAUAUAAAAUAGGAAUGUGUUGUUUGAAACAUCAUCUGUAAUGCACCUUUAGAGAUUUGUGUGUGUGUGGUCUGUGUAUGCGUGUCAAAGGGAUACUUUUUUUUUUUACAUCAGUGAAGGGAAAUCUUGUUAAGGGUCUUACUGUAACUGCUAAGAUAAUUUUUAGUGUAAUUCACAAUAUCUGUUUUUUUUUUCAUCCUCAACGGAACUUUACGGUACUUUAGCAUUUAUCACAUGGUUUGUCUGAAACUUAUCUUUAGUUCUGUUUUAUCUAUAACUGUAACUUUUUUUUCUGUAUUUAUGGGAGAGAAGGGAAAAAUAUGUUAGGUUGAUGGUGAUGUGUCAGUAUGAACAGAAAUGGUUUUGUGGUCUUCCAUGUGAAGAUAGUCCAGGGGACAAGCAUAUGUGUUCAUGCAUCAGGCUAGAUUUGAAAUGUGUAAUGGUAUGAACCACUGCAGUGUUGCUACAGAUAGUAAAAAAGUUACCAUAAAAUCUCCAGGUGUUAAUUAGCCAUAUCAAGGUUCGCCACAUUAAUGUGCAAUGGGAUUUUAUGUACGAGAUCUUAAAGUCUUAAUAAAUAUUUUGUAUUU